UAUCUUUUCACCAUAUUUAUAGCAUUUGUCGAAAUAAAUAAAAUAUUUGAUCAAAAGUACCACAUUUUUGAAAUUCACCGAGUUAUUUUGUAGUGUAGAAACAUGCUACGUCAACCUUUAUUGGAUGACCAUUUGGGUGAUGGUUCUCCGCAAGAUGCAGGGAAAAAAUAUUCUCAAAAUAAAUCUAAUCAUGAUUUGUCAAAACCUAACUUAACUUGGGGCAGACAUUUUAAGUCUAAAAAUAAGACAGAAAAAUAUAUUACUCUGACUACGACACUGAUGAUUUUAAUAUUUUGCCCUUUGCUUGUUGUAUAUUAUUGGACUAGCUGUGCCAAUUUCAACUGCAGCAUUAUUUCUCCCACCUUAAUGUUAUCCAAAUAUGGGCCACGCUAUUUUUACCAUAAAUAUUGUCCACAUUUUGAUGCCUUAUCGUUUUCAGUGAUAAUUGGGUGGUACAUUUUUCAAGCCCUGCUAUAUGCUUUCUUACCAGGAAAGUUAACCACAAGUCAAUUAACCCCUGCUGGCAAUCUACUGACCUACAAGAUCAAUGGGCUUUUGGCCUGGACAAUUAGUCACCUCCUUUUUUUCGGAUUAUAUUACUUCAACCCUACAAUGUUUUCCCUGACUUUCAUCAGCGAUCAUUGGGGAGGUCUGCUGGUGGGUUCGAAUAUAUUGGCUUACUCCAUUUCCUUAUUAGUCUUCCUCAAGGCCCACGUAAAUCCUUCCCAUCCUGAAGACCGAAAAUUUUCGGAAUCAACUCCUUAUGACUUCUACAUGGGGAUUGAACUUAACCCCAGGAUAGGUAAAACUUUUGACCUUAAACUGUUUCACAAUGGCAGGCCUGGAAUUGUUGCCUGGACCAUGAUAAACGUAUCAUUCGCCGCAUACCAACAUAGAAAAUUUGGGUCAGUCUCCGACUCCAUGAUAAUAGUAACUCUGCUACAAGGAAUUUAUGCGCUGGAUUUAUUCUUCAAUGAGGACUGGUACCUCAGAACUUUGGACAUCGCCCACGACCAUUUCGGCUUUUAUUUGGCCUGGGGGGAUUUAGUAUGGUUACCCUUUAUGUACACCGUCCAGGGCUACUACUUGUCGAGAACUUUCGUCCAUUUAGGCCCUUACAAAUUCUGGGCGUUGCUCGUGAUCGGACUCGUCGGGUAUGGUAUAUUUAGGACGGCUAACAACCAGAAGGACGGUUUUAGACAGUCUUUGAAAGCAAAAAAUAAAAGUAUGGGUUACCGCGUAAGUUAUUUCGGAGUCUUUCGCUCAAAAAAACCGGCCUCCAUGAUCGUCGCUAAUUACUUGACCGCGGACGGCAAAAAACAUACGUCGGCCUUACUCUUCUCCGGAUUUUGGGGCCUGGCCCGGCAUUUCAAUUAUACCGGCGAUUUAUUACUCGCGACUUGUAUGUGUUUGGCUUGCGGAUCCAUGACCAAAAACUUUUAUCCUUACUUUUAUCUCAUUUUCAUGUUCACCCUCCUCAUCAAUCGCAUAUACAGGGACGAAGAGAAAUGCAAGAGUAAAUACGGAAAAUAUUGGGAUCAGUAUUGCGAGAUUGUGCCUUACAGACUUAUACCCUACGUUUUUUGAAAUAUUCCUUCUAAUCAUUACUUAGUUACAAUUUUGUGUAAUUUUUUUUUAUAGCCUUCAUAUUUCAUGGUAUGCAUUUAUUAUGUUCAGUAAAAAUUUUUACACAUUUUUUUAUAAAUAAUAACUAAAGUCAAUCUGUUGCAUAUUAUUAUUUUUUUUUUGGUUGAUAUCAAAAUAGUAAACAUUUGAAAAUUUACACACAAUAACCCCCCCCCCCCUCCCCAUUUCUAUUCUCAAAUUAUAUAUAUAUUUUUUUGUAAAUGUUAAUUUUGCUCAAAUAAACAAACA